CUGGGCUCUCUGGAAGGUGUGUUGCUGCCUGCAUUGCUGGAAGAACACUCACAGGACUCGCCACCGACCUGGGCUUCUAGGGACUUUUCUCUCGACUGGGAAGGAUUUUGAUGUUAAUUGGAAACACCUCCAGAAGAUUCAAGAAGCUGUAGAGGUGAAGUAAGUUUGUGAAGCACCAGCAUGGGAAUCCUAUACUCUGAGCCCAUCUGCCAGGCGGCCUAUCAGAAUGACUUGGGUCAAGUGUGGCGGUGGGUGAGAGAAGACAGCAACUAUAUCAACGUUCAGGAUGGCUUUAAUGGAGACACCCCCCUGAUCUGUGCUUGCAGGCGAGGGCACCUGAGAAUCGUCUCCUUCCUUCUGAGAAGAAAUGCUGAUGUGAACCUCAAAAACCAGAAACAGAGAACCUGCUUGCAUUAUGCUGUGAAGAAAAGAUUUACCUUCUUUGAUUAUCUGCUCAUCAUCCUGUUAAUGCCUGUCCUGCUUAUUGGGUAUUUCCUCAUGGUAUCAAAGACCAAGCAGAAUGAGGCUCUUGUACGAAUGCUACUUAACGCUGGUGUUGAAGUUAAUGCUAUAGAUCAUUAUGGCUGCACUGCGCUACAUUAUGCCUGCGAAAUGAAGAACCAGACUCUCAUCCCUCUGCUCCUUGAAGCCCAUGCAGACCCCAUGAUAAAGAAUCAGCGUGGUGAGAGUUCCCUGGAUAUUGCACGGAGAUUAAAGUUUUCCCAGAUUGAAUUAAUGCUGAGGAAAGCCUCAUAAUCUUUGUGAUCUCAUAUGAAAAAGUAGGAAAGGGACUGGAUUCUAUCUCCAUCUUGGACCGUUGGCCUGUGGACCACUCAACCUGGAAGCUGAGUUGAGUUUUCGAAGAGCUUUGUAUUUCUAAUGUUUUUUACUCAGUGGAUUUUACUGUGGAACAAUCCUUCUAGGGGAAACCUUAAAGCUGUUGGGUUCUCCACUUCAGUCAAAAAAAGUGAUGUUUCAAAUUCAGUCUCUCCUGAAGGAGAGGACUGUGUUCUCUCUUUGCAGUUGUGUUUCUCUUAUAAAGAGGCCAUACCGUCCAUAUCCUGCCCCAGGAGACUAACUGUUCCUCUGAGGCUCCUUUGAGUAUUAAGAGGAAGAAUCAAAACAUGUAUAUUUGUAUAGAAUGCUGUGUGUAUGUGUGUGGGUUUAGCUAUUCAUAUGUCAAUAUUCCUUUGGUGAAAUAAUUUCAACAAAAUUGCCUAUCAGUUGUCACCACAGAAAUUGCCAGAUGCUACAAGUCAGAGCUUUGUUUUCCUUUCUAGGAAGCCGGUAUACCAGCAUACCUCUAAAUGUUUUGCUAUCAGUUUACAAAUAAGAGCCGUCUUGAUCUUGAACAAGAUUAUGUAACUAUCAAGUUGUUUGUUCAAAAAUGUCUUUAUAAUUCUCUUGUGAAUGCAAGGCAGUUACUAACCUUGUUACUACUGUGUAUUUUUUAUUGAUGAAAUUAAAACUAUUAUUGUAAAUUAUUUGGAUAAAGGAAUUCUUUACAAGAAAUAGAGCUCUAUGAUGAGGUGGUAUCUGGAUUAUACUUCUAGAGGAGAGAUUGUGAAUAUCGAAGCAAUAUCUGUCUCAAGUCCUCUGUCAGUGAGACAUAGCAGAAAUAAGCACAUUUAAAAAUGACUGAAUUUUGCAAAGCAAGACUGAAUCCUGAAUAUUUUUAGACAUGGACUAAGCCACACUAUGUAUGGUAACAAAUACAGUCUAGGAAUGAAAGAUUUACCAUCCGCAAACAGAAAAAGGUCUAAUAAAAAUAUCAAAUCCAGGAAUAUUUAUUGAACUAUGUACAGGGCCUUAAGGCACAUAUUUUGUGAGGGAAGUAGUUGUGUGUAUAUAGAUAUAGAUUCUGAAGGCUUUAAAUGUCUCUUACUAUGUUAUUUAAGAUCCAUUCACAUGGAACUGAGUUAUCAGGUGACUCUGAAGAUUGAAAAAAAAAAAAAGGGAAACUUCACACAUCAGUAUACCUUCAACAAUUUGCCAGUUUACCUUCAAUUUGGUGUCAGAGUUUUGCAAAAUUACCAUACCAUGUAAUUUAUAACUGUUGUCUUUCAAACUGUGUGAAAAUUGGACAAUUUUCUAAAGAAAUAAAUUCAGAUUUACAAAUAAGUUGGGGUAAUUUUCUA